AUGAUGUCUCUCGUGCCCACGCGGAAGCGAAAGGACGCGCACAAUCAACGAUGGGCUUCUCGCAGCAAAGAAAAGGUCCGUGUCGUAGAACACUCGGGACAGGAUCUACUAGGCAACAGUUCCAAGCCCGUUCAGCCGCGCACAAGCACACCAGCCAGGCGGACCUUCAUCAACAUUCGCAAAAGCAGCAUCCGCAUCUUUUCUCUCUUUCGGGGUGGCAAGAGUGGGAUUAUCACUCGCCUCUGCGUGCAGACGACUUACUUCGAGGACACGACACCGAAGCCUCAAAAUGCUGAUCUGUCGUCGCAAUCUCCAACGUCAGAGAUACCUUCGCUACCAUCGCAGGUCCCAAGCGCUCUUUGGAGCAGUACCGACCCACUCAGUCAAUCGACAGCGCCAACUUCACUCGUCUCUUCGGGUGCACCCAUUUCCGCUGAAACAACACACCGCAACCGAGACUCAGGCCAUGCUCAAGCCGGUGAUUCUCCCGAUUACGGGCCAUCGGCAGAGCGCAUCACAUCCCGAUGGCUAGUGUUUCCCCGUCAGGAUGCACCGCGACUGGCCAAACCAUCAGUAAAGACCAUCGAGAACGCCGCAGCUGCCAAGGUCUUCUUUGAGUCGCACUUCAACCAGCUCCUUGGAGCAAAAUUGACUCCUCGCUCCAUGCGUCGUCGCAAUAUGGAGCGCAAGCUCUUCGCGAUGGCGCUGUCAAAUGAGCAGCGACAACAGCAACGCCGAGCCUGGUAUGUCGCGGAACAUCAUCAUCUCCGCCAAGUGCGCAUCAUGAAGUCCAAAACACUUAUUCGGCAGAGUAUUAAAGGUGUUCAUGUUUCCAACUACGACAUUGUCAGAGUCCUGGGAAAGGGCAGCUUCGGCGUCGUGCGACUAGUGCGUGAGAAAAGCGAGCACAACAGCAGCUCCAGCGGCAGCGAACCUCGCUCCAUCGAUCAUGUGGAUGGUAGCUCGGUUCGCGGGUUCGAAGGUUUGUCACCACCACUUCAAAAGAUCAAGCAGGUGUUCGCAAUGAAGGUCAUUUGCAAGUCCGACAUGCUUCGCAACAGCCAGGAAGGCCAUCUUCGAGCUGAACGAGACUUCUUGGUAGCAUCGGAGAACUGUCGUCGGGUGGACAACACAAACCUUUACCUUGUCAUGGAGUACAUGGUUGGCGGCGACUUUCUCGGUCUGCUUCUCCGUGAAGAUAUCCUAGAUGAAAACGUCGCAAAAUGGUAUCUCGCCGAGAUGAUCCUCUGCAUAGAGGAGGCCCAUCGCAUGAACUGGAUUCACCGCGAUGUCAAGCCGGACAACUUCCUCAUCACAGCGUCUGGCCAUUUGAAAAUUUCCGACUUUGGCCUCGCGUUUGACGGUCAUUGGUCGCAUAACCAGACGUACUACAAUGAACAGCGCUACAGUCUUCUUCGCGACUUAGAUUUAGAGGUCCAAGGAGACUCUCUAGACAUCCAAGAAGAACAGGAGCGCGAAGAAGCGAGGCGGACGUUGGACAUGAUCAACGGAAGAAUGCCAGCCAACAGACCUGUUAUCCCCAAGCAGGAAGGAGCGAACGGUCCCAUUGUUGACUGGCUGAAUCGCACACAGAAGCGUCAGUUCGCGAAAAGUGUCGUUGGUACCAGCCAGUACAUGGCGCCUGAGGUCAUUCGUGGCGAGAAUUACGAUGGACGCUGUGACUGGUGGAGCAUCGGCAUAAUAUUAUACGAGAGAUUCGCCCGUCCUAACAUUGAUCGUGUACCUCUCAUGCCCGUCUCGCGUAAUGCCAUCGACCUCAUGAUGAGGCUUCUUGAAGAGCGUCAAGAUCGUCUUUCGGCAAAGCGCUAUCGCGAGAACGACUGGGUGCUUCGUGACAAGGCGGUCGGGGCACGUCGCGCACGCAACCUCAACACCACCGGGCACAUCGUAUACCCGAACGACGCAGAGGACAUCAAGUCUCAUCCUUUCUUCCGCAACAUUCAGUGGUCGACAUUACAUAUGACUCGCCCACCAUUUGUCCCACGCGUCCAUGGGGACCAGCCGAUCACCAAGUACUUCGAUGACGAAAACGAGAUCAUGAGCGCGUCAGACCACCUCGACUCUUCCAGCUAUGAGGUCGUAGAUGAGAUUGUUAUGCCCAAGCCUGGAGACAAUGACAUCACGCCUACGGUUCAGUCAACCGCCAUUACUGCGCAAGCCGCGAAUACGCAUAUCAACGACUCGGUUCAGAAGGUCAAGCGACGCAGGAAGGAGAAGAAGAGGCCCCGCGACAAGUUGCUUCGCGAUCCACAUGUCGGACGUGCGGUGCUUGAGCUGCGCAAAAAGGGUGCGUUUGUUGGAUACACGUAUCGCAGACCGAUGUUCUCGCUGCCAGAGUUAGACGAGCAGAUUGCUGUUGUUGCAAGACCGCCGAUCACAAGGUCUAAUAUGGCUACCAUGAGUGCAUGA